GCUACGGGGCACGAGUUACGGGUUGCGUUAUCUCUUGCUACGAGUUGCUACGAGGCGUCAGUUCGCACUUCUGCGUAAUGUUUUUACGCGUCGCCGACGACGUAUAACUAACUAACUGUGCACAAGUGAUCCUAAACAUUUUGAAGUGAACCCUGUUAUGGAAUUGUAUUAAAAUGUACAAUGUUUUGCGAAUGGUUGCACGUUUUGUGAAAGAAAUUCUGUACCUCAGGGAUACAAAGUUUCGGUUGGAGUAAAUCAUCAAAUGGAACAGCAUAGGUGAGGGCGCACGGCGGGCGUCGCGCCCUGCCUGCGCCCGCCCAUGGCACCAGCAUCUUGCGUCAGAUCCGUGGUGCAUUGGCUGGUUACGGCGCUGGCGUGGACAGUCCUAUGCGAAGCCAGCCCUCAGGGUCUCGCAUCCACCCUCGUGCCAUCCUGUCCUACGCAGUGCAUCUGCCUCUCACAGUCUCAGGUUGUAUGCAACAGCGCCACGCUCCGGGCAGUACCCUCAGCGUUAAGUUCGAGCGUGAUGCAGCUGUCCUUGUCCCGAGCGGAUCUACGCGUCCUCCGGUCAGAUGCCUUCGCGCAUUUGCGACAGCUGCGGCGUUUGUCACUCGACGCUUGCAACCUUACGCGCAUUCGCCCCUUCGCCUUCAGGGGCCUACCCCGCCUCAACGAAUUAUAUAUACAGCAUACGCCGCUUGCGACCGUCGAUGCGUUCGCUUUCGCUGCCCUCCAAAACAUAUCCUCGAUCGUUCUCUCGCAUAACAGAAUAGCGCAGAUCGAAGGUUACGCGUUUGCGGGAACUAAUUUUAUAAAACUGAUUUCGCUGCGCAACAAUCCGAUCAAGCGAAUCCUAGCGCAUGCAUUCUCCGGCCUCAACGACGUCACCCAAAUAGAGCUCCCGUCCGGAAUAAGGUCGAUCGAACCCCAAGCGUUUGCGGGAUUAGAAGGAGUCGGGGUGCUGGAAUUGGCUUACAUGGAUUUACCGGCGCUUUUACAGGACACUUUUCACGGGUUAACUCGAGUAGGUCGUCUCGCACUCAGAGAAUCCGACUUAGGAAUAAUAAAAGUCGGCGCCUUUGAUGGUUUACGACGAGUGGAAACUCUGGAAAUGUGCAACAAUAAGAUAGAUGGCGUCGAGGAGCUUUCACUGAUACACAAUAAUAGCGUCCACACUUUUAAAUUGACCGGCAACCAUAUGCUCGAGACUCCGGAAGCUGUCGUGUUAGAAGUGGAGAACGUCGUAAUCCGGGGGAACCACUUGCCUUGCGAGUGUGGGCGCGAUCCUUUAGCUAAUCCGCUGGCGCUGACGGAGGAUUUCGCGGAGGAGAAUUUAUGUAUAUCUCCGCUUAAGAUUCGCGGGCGAAGUCUGGCGAGCGCGGCGGGCGCGGCGUGUCGUGGCGAGGGAGGCGGGAGUGCGCGCGCGCGGGCCGCGGCUGCCGCGUGUCGCGGACGCGCGUUCGCGCCGCGUCUCGCGUUUACGUUCGCCGCGUUCGCUUUCCUCGCAAACAGCUAACCGCCCUCAGUGUUCAAUUACCUGUAUUGUAUGUGUCUGUAAAUAUUGUAUUAUAACUGAGUAUAAAUGCGAAAUUUUACAUUGAAUGGGUCCUUUCAUUCAGUAUAUGUUGGACCAUAAAUAAAAUUUGCCU